AUGUCUAAUGUAAAUGAAAUACCAGGUGUAUCUCAGGAUACGGAUCAAGAUACCCCUGAAAUUGGUAUUUUUUCCGAAGAUAUCUCAUCGGCAACGUAUCAUGCUAAUAGGAGCGAGAGAAUUAUAUCUCAAUCUGAAGAAGGUAACACAACUGAUGAUGAUAAUACAGAAGUAAUUGAGAUUGUGAUAAAUACAGAUGGAGAAGACGGUGAAUUUAAUAUAUCUCUUUCCGAAUUGAUAAAGUCUCCGCACUCUACUAAAUCGGAAGAUGACAAUUUUAAAGUGCCACUAAUGAUUACUGCCCCUAAAGGUAAAGGAAAGAAAACAAGAAGUCUGUUACAAACAGAUGACUCAACGACCAUUAAAUCACCUCAUAAAAAAACUCCGGAAAGUACCUUAUCGGGCUCAAAAUAUUUUCCUACUGAUCCUCAAAUAUCUACUUCUGAAAAUGUUGUUCUCGAACAUUCGAAUGUAGUUUCAAAUGUGAAAGGGGAACCCUCUAAUUCUCAUAAUCAUAUAAAACCAGAAAUGACAAAUGAUGGAAAAUUAGAAUGUAAUGCUGAGCCCAUAUCUAGUAUCACAAAUGUGCCUGUUUUUAACAGGAAGCGUGUAAAUCUCUAUGACAAUGACACUGGCCCUCAGAUGUAUAUGGCUAAAGGUAAUCUCGUGACUCGCCCUAUAAUAACAAAAAAUCUACCAAAGGUGUUCCAGUAUUUACCUAUUUAUGGAAAGCCAGGCCCUAAUACUACACUGGAAGAGUUCUACACAAAUAAAGUGAGAGACUUUGUUGGUUUUGAUCUUAAUGAUGAAGAAUUUGAGGAUUUGGAAAACUACUGCAGCCCAGAGCUAUUAAAGACCGGUAAAGAAAUAAAGAUGCAAACCUCAGUUCCAGUGAUGGGCAUAUUCAAUUCUAACACAUUGGACAACAAAUUUACUGCGCCAGACGUGAGCAGCGACCCUCCUAACCUUGUUACCUAUAAGAAGUUUAAACUCCGGGUACAGAAGGAUACCAAAGGACUUUAUAUUAAAAAACUCAAAUACAGAGGUGUUCGAAUGUUACCGUGUGUCCAAGAACAAAACACAGACGAAUCAAAUCCGUCUACAUCAUCUACAGAAACUGAUGAGGAGCUGGAACCUGGCGUGGACAUCCUAUACCGGGUCAGGAUAUACAGGCCGUACACAUACAACAUGGUCAGGGAUAGAUAUACCCGGUCACGUCACUCGGUGUUCUGCUGCGACGUGGUGGUGACGGGGCGCCACAAGCUGACGGCGCUGCGGGACCGCUUCGUGUGCCACAACGACUUCGACCUCCGGGUCGACGUCUCCAACCAUCCCGAUAUGCUGCCGACUGCUAAGGCUAAGGAAGUAUUCCCGUCGGGCUUCCUGUUCAUCAACAACGUGUUCUACGUGGACACGCGCGAGGGCUGCGUGGACUACAGCGCGCCCAUACGCGAGUGGGCGCGCGCGCGCCAGAUCGGCGACUUCCCCGCGCGCGACAUGGGCCACGUGCGCCUGCACCAGCUCGUGCUCAAGCUGGGCUACCCUGAGUCUCCGGUAACCUUACUGCCUUCCCCGCGCGCGACAUGGGCCACGUGCGCCUGCACCAGCUCGUGCUCAAGCUGGGCUACCCUGAGGUCAGUCUCCGGUAACCUUACUGCCUUCCCCGCGCGCGACAUGGGCCACGUGCGCCUGCACCAGCUCGUGCUCAAGCUGGGCUACCCUGAGUCUCCGGUAACCUUACUGCCUUCCCCGCGCGCGACAUGGGCCACGUGCGCCUGCACCAGCUCGUGCUCAAGCUGGGCUACCCUGAGGUCAGUCUCCGGUAACCUUACUGCCUUCCCCGCGCGCGACAUGGGCCACGUGCGCCUGCACCAGCUCGUGCUCAAGCUGGGCUACCCUGAGUCUCCGGUAACCUUACUGCCUUCCCCGCGCGCGACAUGGGCCACGUGCGCCUGCACCAGCUCGUGCUCAAGCUGGGCUACCCUGAGGUCAGUCUCCGGUAACCUUACUGCCUUCCCCGCGCGCGACAUGGGCCACGUGCGCCUGCACCAGCUCGUGCUCAAGCUGGGCUACCCUGAGUCUCCGGUAACCUUACUGCCUUCCCCGCGCGCGACAUGGGCCACGUGCGCCUGCACCAGCUCGUGCUCAAGCUGGGCUACCCUGAGGUCAGUCUCCGGUAACCUUACUGCCUUCCCCGCGCGCGACAUGGGCCACGUGCGCCUGCACCAGCUCGUGCUCAAGCUGGGCUACCCUGAGUCUCCGGUAACCUUACUGCCUUCCCCGCGCGCGACAUGGGCCACGUGCGCCUGCACCAGCUCGUGCUCAAGCUGGGCUACCCUGAGGUCAGUCUCCGGUAACCUUACUGCCUUCCCCGCGCGCGACAUGGGCCACGUGCGCCUGCACCAGCUCGUGCUCAAGCUGGGCUACCCUGAGUCUCCGGUGACCUUACUGCCUUCCCCGCGCGCGACAUGGGCCACGUGCGCCUGCACCAGCUCGUGCUCAAGCUGGGCUACCCUGAGGUCAGUCUCCGGUAACCUUACUGCCUUCCCCGCGCGCGACAUGGGCCACGUGCGCCUGCACCAGCUCGUGCUCAAGCUGGGCUACCCUGAGUCUCCGGUAACCUUACUGCCUUCCCCGCGCGCGACAUGGGCCACGUGCGCCUGCACCAGCUCGUGCUCAAGCUGGGCUACCCUGAGGUCAGUCUCCGGUAACCUUACUGCCUUCCCCGCGCGCGACAUGGGCCACGUGCGCCUGCACCAGCUCGUGCUCAAGCUGGGCUACCCUGAGUCUCCGGUAACCUUACUGCCUUCCCCGCGCGCGACAUGGGCCACGUGCGCCUGCACCAGCUCGUGCUCAAGCUGGGCUACCCUGAGGUCAGUCUCCGGUAACCUUACUGCCUUCCCCGCGCGCGACAUGGGCCACGUGCGCCUGCACCAGCUCGUGCUCAAGCUGGGCUACCCUGAGUCUCCGGUAACCUUACUGCCUUCCCCGCGCGCGACAUGGGCCACGUGCGCCUGCACCAGCUCGUGCUCAAGCUGGGCUACCCUGAGGUCAGUCUCCGGUAACCUUACUGCCUUCCCCGCGCGCGACAUGGGCCACGUGCGCCUGCACCAGCUCGUGCUCAAGCUGGGCUACCCUGAGUCUCCGGUAACCUUACUGCCUUCCCCGCGCGCGACAUGGGCCACGUGCGCCUGCACCAGCUCGUGCUCAAGCUGGGCUACCCUGAGGUCAGUCUCCGGUAACCUUACUGCCUUCCCCGCGCGCGACAUGGGCCACGUGCGCCUGCACCAGCUCGUGCUCAAGCUGGGCUACCCUGAGGUGUACGUCCACCAAGGCAACUGCGAACACGUAUUCGUGUUCUCCGAGGUCCGCCUGCUCAACGCCAACGAUCCUUUGCGCUUCUCCAGCUACCCCUUCUCCACAGCCAUCGGCCAGAACCAGACCGUGUACUGCACCACCUGCGCGGAGUUCAGCGCCAAGUGGAUCGUGGUCGGCAGCGACCGAGUGCCCUUCGACCCUGGCUUCUUUUGCGACACCUGUUUUAAGCAGUACAUGUAUAAAGAUGGACAGAAAAUUGGCCAAUUUAAAGCCUACCGAUACAGAGGGAACGCUUUGAAUGUCUUGAAACCUCUGUAA